AUGAACGUCGACGCCGGAACCAAGGGCCUACUGAAGGCCUUGCAAAAGCUGGACCAUACGAGCCGUGGCCAUGUGUUGGAGCAUCAACCGGUCAAUGUAGUGAGAGAUGUCCUCUUACUUCUCCUUCAUAAGCAGGACGCAGCUUCAGCUCCCCUAAACACACCACGCGCUCAUGCUAUCGCAGCUCCACAUCAAGUCGUCCCCGCACACGAACAGAGUGCUAGGGUCACAAAGCGUAUCAAUUCUGCCGCGACUCCAGAUCCUUCCAAGCGAGCAAGAGCUGUCGUAGCUCCGCUGGAUGAUGGAAAUGGUAGAACACAAAUCAUGAUGGAGAGAGAGCGAGAAGUGAUCGACCUUAUGAGCGAUACCGGAGAGCCAGAAGCUGAGGCUCUGAACCAGCCCGAGAACAAAGAGAUACGACAGCCACGCGACCUACCAAUGUACUUGCAAGUUCACACCGGUUUGGGACCCGACACAUUGGCAGAUCUGGAUGACCUUCCUGUCAAAGUCCAAAUCGAAUUGAAGCGCCGCUUCGACCGGCUGUGGUCGUUCAACACGCUCAGGACGAACAGAUACGCAUGCUUGACCUUCAACGCGGAGAGGCACACGGAAAAAGACAAGUGCAUUCGAAGGUUGAUCCUUACUGGCUCCUGGGACGAAAACAAGAUGUGGAGCCGAGGUGGCGAGCCCAGGAAAGCCGCAGACGACAGAUGCAUCAAGGCUCAAGAUCCCUGUACCUACUUUGCAAAGCACAACGACGAGCAUGUCAUUGUUUUUGUGCCUUUGCCCCAGGCCCAUCGAUAUGGCAGGGAUUGGACAGAUCUAGGUUACUGGGUGCUAGGUGCUUAG